AUGAGUCGUAUGGAUCGCAUCCCUCCCCAGUGUUAUGCCCCUCACUGCCCGGAGCUGGUGGUGAUGGACGGUGUGAAGCGGUUGAAGGUAUCUAUCUAUACACACGUACCGAAGCCGCCAGCCGGGGGAAAGCGGUGGGCUGCAUCGCCGACUAGGAUGACACGCGGCUCAUAUGAGUCGUAUGGAUCGCAUCCCUCCCCAGUGUUAUGCCCCUCACUGCCCGGAGCUGGUGGUGAUGGACGGUGUGAAGCAGUUGAAGUGCUGGUGCGGGGUGGUGCGAAGGUGUCGGGUGAUGCGAAGCGGUUGGUGGUGGUGUGGAGAGGUUUUGUGAGGCGACGUGGGACGAAGCCGCAAGCAGUGCUGGUGCUGGGCGGUGUGAAGUGGUCGGCGGCGGUGCAGCGAGGUAGUGAGAGGCGACUUGAGCAGCCAUGA